GUUUACUGUUAAAGUAAUCCAGUAUAAAUUCAGUAACUUAUCUUUGUUUUUUCCAGAUCUGGUCCUGUGGGCGUCACUAUCACACAGUGAUCACAGUUCACACCUGCAGUGAAGCCCCUCCCACAACAAUUCACCAAUAAAUACUGGGAAUAUUCCCAUCAUCCUACAAGAGAAGGACAAACUCCUGGAGUAGCAGCUGAAAUCUGUGUGACUGUUAAAGAUGGAGUUUAUCAAAGAGGAGAUGGAGUUCAUUAAAGAGGAGAUUGAUUUUAUUCAAGUGAAAAUUGAAGACAUGAGUGAUCCAGAACCAUCCAGAAUAAAACAUGAAGAUACUAAGGAAGAAAUAGUCCAGAUGGAAGUGAAGGAGGCGAGACAGAAACUAAAUGACGUAAAGAAACACUGCGACUUCAAAACUCGAGGAACAAAAGCCAAAAAACUGCACUCCUGCUCUCAGUGUGGAAAGAGUUUCCAAAAGAAAGGAAACCUUACGAGACAUAUGAGAAUUCACACUGGAGAGAAACCGUAUCCAUGCACUCAGUGUGAGAAGAGUUUUACUCAAGCAUCAGCUCUCAAUCUUCAUCUGCUCUGUCACUCUGGGGAAAAACCAUUCAACUGUGAUCAGUGUGGUAAAGGUUUUAAUUUGUCAUCAAAUCUUAAAAAACACCUGAUCGUUCAUUCAGAUGAGAGGCCUUAUGUGUGUUCUCUCUGUGGAAAGAGUUUUUCACGACUGUACAGUUUUAAACUGCACCAGAAAACACACGAUGAAGUGAGAGAUCAUGUGUGUUGUGACUGUGGGAAGAGCUUUGCUGCAUCUGGUGAACUGAAACAGCACCAAAGAAUUCAUACUGGAGAAAAACCUUACAAGUGCUCAUAUUGUGACAAGAGUUUCACUCAGUUGGGAACACUGAAUUCACAUGAGCGAGUUCAUACUGGAGAAAAACCUUACAAGUGCUCAUACUGUGACAAGAAUUUCACUCAGUCUGGACACCUGAAACUACAUGAGCGAGUUCAUACUGGAGAAAAGCCGUACUGCUGUACUACGUGUGAAAAGAGUUUUAAAUGUUUAUCAACCCUUCAAACUCAUAUGAAAAAAUGUUUCAAGUGAUCAACAUUAGUUUUCAUGUCAAACACG